AUGUCCGCCAAGUCUUUUGUGGAUGGAUUGCUGAAAUCUCACAAAGUUGUUGUUUUCUCCAAAUCUUACUGUCCGUAUUGUCAUAAAGCCAAAGCAGCACUAGAGAGUUGUAACGUCAAGCCGGAUGCUAUGGCAUGGAUUGAGAUCGAAGAUAGACCAGAUUGUGCACAAAUCCAAGACUAUCUCAAGGUAUGUUACUAUGGUACUUAG